GCGGACUGGAUCAGAGAACUGUAACUGGGGCUGAGUUCCUGCUUGCUUUUUAACCAGCAUGCAAACUCCUCUCAGGCAUUAGUUGGCGGGCUAUACGUAACACCGAAGAUUAUAAUCGGUCAACAAAACACUGCCGUUGGUUACGAAGCUGGGUGUUGGUACACAGAUGGAGCACUUCUCUUUGCCAGCGCUGUCCCGCAUCGUCAUAAGCGGCGGUAUGCACGGCAAUGAGAUGACGGGAGUGUACGUGGUGCGAGAGAUUUCAAAAAAGAAGGUUGACAAGAUCGGCUCCGCCUCUCUAACGACAGUCCUCUCCAACCCGGAGGCUGUUAAAGUGUGUCAACGGUACAUCAACAAAGAUCUCAAUCGUUGCUUCACAAAUGCUUUGCUGAGCGCUCCUCUAACGGCCUCCUCGCCGUACGAGACAAAGCGAGCUCACGAGCUGAACGCUCUGUUCGGCCCCAAAGGAAGCCCACAAGCCGUGGACAUCCUGUGUGACCUCCACAACACCACAGCCAACAUGGGCAUGUGCUUCAUCUUUUACCGCCUUGACUGGAUCACUCUGCACAUUAUUAAAUACAUCCAGAGUAAAGCAUCAUUUGGGCCUGUGAGAGCAAUCCAGUUGGACACGCCGCUUCCGGAGGCUUACUCAUUCGAAUCUGUGGCCAAACAUGGAUUCACCUUGGAGGUCGGACCUCAACCCACCGGCGUGAUCAGAGCGGACAUCUACAACAUGGUGAUGGAAACGCUCAACCACAUCAUGGAUUGGCUUGAAAAAUUCAAUUCUGGAUGUACGUUUGAGGGUGGUGAAGUGGAGGCCUUUUGUAAGACCAACGCCCUCGACUACCCGAGAGACCCGACCACCAAUGACAUCAUCGCCGCCGUUCAUCCCCAGCUGCAGGACAACGACUUCAAGCUUCUCCGUCCCGGGGAUCCUAUUUUCCAGUCGUUUAAUGGGGAGACGGUCAAGUACGAGGGAGAGGAGGCCUACCCUUUCUUUGUGAACGAAUGUGCCUACUACGAGAAGAAGAUUGCCUUCCAGUUAGCUCGCAAGAUCAGUAUCAGCCUCCCGUCCAUCAGCGUGACGAAGGACUGAGAACCCAUCGAAGCGGGCGAUUUCAAAUCGAAAAGGAAGACAACAUUUUCAUUGAUCAGGCGUGAUUGAAGAAUUAACUUUAUUAACGAAGUGAUUGAAGAAUUAACUAACGUAAUUACGCUUCCCCCGGAGAAACAGAAGAAACUGGGCCAACUGCUUAGCUGAUCUGGCAACUGCGUCACAGUUAAGAUUAAGAUAUCCUUUAUUUGUCCCGCAAUGGGGAAAUUACAAUCAGAAUUCAGAAAGGAAAACGCUGGGUAGGGAGAGGGGGAAAAAAAACAAAAACAAGUUACAAGCUCUUCUCGUUUAUUGCGUCAUGUGAACGACUUGGGCGACACUGAAAUGUCUACAACCUGGUGAUCACAACCAAUUGCGUCUAUAUUUGUGCAUGGCAAGAGUGCGAGCUGCAGGCAGUGUUCUCAUUAACUCUUGUUUGGUUUCUCGUCAAAUAGAGUACACUUGCGACUGCAAAUAUUAAACAGGUUUAACAUGGACGACCGGCGGCGGGGGAUGGGUGGGAAUCCCUUUCAGUCCAAGCCCAAGUGCAAAAUGUUGCUUUGCAAUAAUAUUCUGCCGCCGGUCAUCAAAACACAGCAUUUUGAUUAAUAUUGAGUAGGAUGAAUAAGAAUCAAGCAGAUGAAUCCACCCGUUUUCAUCCACAGCAACGUUGACAUUGGCUGCUGUCAGCUGAAACUGACAUCAGCGUGCCCUUGGGCUCGAAUCGCAUGCUCAACUGCUUUCUCGGUUUCGUCCCGUGAUAUUGACAAUGCGAGCCCGAAGGCACUUUGACGCCAAUUUUAGUCGACAGCAGACGGUUGCAGAAUGUCAUUUCUGAAGUCUUAUUUUCAUUAAGGUGGCCAGUUUCAUUCUUAACAGCAAUUAAAUACACCAAAAGGCUGCUAGUGUUCUGCUUUAUGAUUGUCAAGCUGUCGUGAGUGAUUGCUUAAUGAUUUUUCUACUCACCAAUGAGCCUUUUAAUGUUUUAAUGAAACUUGAAUCAACACGCCGUGUACUAUGUUGCUCGAUGCCGUUUUAAUUCCAGUCAAAACAGAUUUUUUUAAAACUGAUUUUCUUUUUUACUAAAACAAUUUCAAACGGAUUGAAAUGUAAAAAGUUAUGUGAAUGAUUUCUCUUACCAAUUUUUUUUUGUCAGACGUCCACUAUAUUUCGAGACAAGUGGUGUUUGGAUAUAAUUUAAUAAAAGACGGACAUAUUUAA